GUGUGUGUUGAAUGAAAGUUAUAGAUUAUACCAAUUCUUCACAGAUUCCUAAAGAAAUGUUAUAGUAAUUACCUUUGUUAAGAUCACAUUGACCUUGGAAAAGCCCUUGUGUCUUCUAUUAAAAUCACAGCAUCGAUUUUGGGUCUUCAAAGUAAAGAGAAAACUGACCAACUACUUGCAUAUCACAUUGACCUUGGAAAAACCCUUGUGUCUCCUAUUAAAAUCACAGCAUCGAUUUUGAGUCUUCAAAGUAAAGAGAAAACUGACCAACUACUUGCAUAGAAUCCUUUGAAAAAUGGCGUCAGCUGCAAGAAUUGUGGGAAUCUUUGUUUUGUUUUUCAUCACCUUCCUUAUCGGGCUCUUGCCGUUUGCGAUAGUAAGGUUGUGUGAGAAGAAGAUGUCGAAGGAGAGAAUGAAAAGGUGGAUUGGAAUUUUAAACUGUUUCACAGGGGGAAUAUUUUUUGGGACAGCCAUUUUGCACUUGCUGCCGGAGGCUAGAGAACUGAUAAAGGAGGCCAUCUCUUACGAAUACCCAAUCACAGAAGCUGUUACCGGAUGUGGAUUUUUAAUUACGCUAACACUUGAACAUCUCAUUAGUUACCAUGGUUUCUCACAUGUCGGCCAUUUACAUGACACAGGACAUGAGAACAAAAUAGAACACAAUGACGACGCAUGGACGAAAAAGGAUACUAAAACCGACGAAAAGUCUCAGGAAAAAGCAAAUGGAACGGUAGAAUCUGUCAAGGUGGAAGUUGAGCAACCUAAUUUUAAAUUCCUAGCUUUUCGAUCAUUUCUUUUACUGUUAGCUCUGUCAUUUCACAUGAUAUUUGAGGGUUUGGCCGUCGGACUCCAGACAGAGGAGGAAGAUGCUUGGAUUUUACUGGGGGUUCUCUCCCUUCAUAAGGUUGCAGUUGCAUUCAGUGUGGGAUUCCAGCUUGAAGAAAAUUUGAAGAAGUUCAAAUAUGUGCUGUUGUCGUUGUUUCUUUUAUCUAUUGUCGCACCGAUCGGGGUCGCUAUUGGCUACAUCGUGACGGAAGCGGGAGAAGAUGCUCAUGGGCAGGAUAUUGCUUCGGGGGUUUUGCAGAGCAUAUCGGUCGGUUGUUUCCUUUACGUGACUUUCUUUGAAAUCCUUAAUAAUGAAAUACACAUUACCAAGGAAAGAAGUCAUUUAAAAGUCUUGUUUACUGUCCUUGGAUACAUAGUUGUCAUUGGCAUCCAGUUUGUUAAGCAUGACCAUGAAGGUCAUGACCAUUAGAUGAUGCCAGUGUUGAAGCGAGGAUUAUGUUGAAGUUACACUCAAACAACUUGUGCACUAUAUUCUUUUGACCGGUUUUGUAAAUUUUGCUACUACAUUGUAUUAUCUAUAUAUUUAUAAUUGUGUGAAAUUCAAUGUAAUCCCACGCAUUCAUUCUUCUAUUUAUCUUGCCAUGAUAUCUUCAGUAAAUAAAUGUAUUGGGGAAUAUUACCCAAUCUACUUUUCAAA